CAGCACAAGUUGGAAUUCUUGGCUUUUGACGAAAUCUCUUGGCUCCGUCGGGGCGUUUUACAUCGACAUAUUGGGACAAGUCCCAAGCAACCUGCGUAGGCAGUACCUCGACUCCGGAUAUAUAUUUUUUUUUCAUAACACCACUUUGACAACCUUUUUUAUGACGUUUUUGAGUAUAGACGGGCCAUUGCCGUGGCACAAAAGAAAAAUUGCUUCCACACAUUCGGAUCAAACUAUAGACCCUUUAAUUAGUUUUAUGAAUUUCCAAAGGUAUUGUUGCCAUUUGUUUUGUACGGGCAGUGGAAUUCAUAGAAAGCACAGGUCUACCACAAGUACUUCGCAAUGGCUAGCCUCAACAUCAAUAGUGAGGUUACCGACCCCUUCUACAGGUACAAGAUGCCUCGUCUCCUAGCUAAGGUUGAAGGCAAGGGCAAUGGAAUUAAAACAGUCAUUGUUAAUAUGGUUGAGGUCGCCAAAGCAUUGGAUCGGCCACCAACAUAUCCCACCAAAUAUUUUGGCUGUGAACUUGGAGCUCAAACUCAAUUUGAUUUCAAGAAUGAGCGAUACAUUGUAAAUGGUUCACAUGAUGCCCAAAAGCUUCAGUCACUUCUAGAUGGAUUCAUUAAAAGAUUUGUGCUUUGUCCAGAAUGUUCUAAUCCUGAAACUAAAUUUACGGUGAAGAAGACAACAAUUGCCCAGCGAUGCAUUGCAUGUGGUUUUUCAGGCCAAGUUGACAUGAGGCAUAAACUGACAACUUUUAUCUUGAAGAACCCUCCAGAUUUUGAUCCGUCGGCUGCAACUCCAACUAAAGGGGGUAAGAAAAGUAAGAAAGAGAAGUCCAACAAGAAACAUGUUAAUGGAGAUAGUGAGGACAGGGAUCGCGCCAGUCCUGAGGCAAAUGCUCAGGAACAGAUGGCUGCUCAGCGUGCCAGCGGUGGUGUAGUGGAUGCCCCACCUGAAGUUGAUAACCAAGAUGAUGACGGUGAGGACUGGAUUCCUGAUGAAGCAGUUACAGCAGAUGCCAUAAAGCAAAGAAUGGAAGAACUUAGUGAUGCAGCAAAGAUCAUGGCCUUGUCUGAUGACCUGGAAAAAUCUCAAGAUGACCGACUGGAAAUGUUUUACCAGUUUGUGAAGUCGAAGUGUGACAGUAACAAUAUGGCUGCUGUGGAGAAGGACAUCGUGGCAGAGGCAGAGAGGCUGGAAGUGAAGGACAAGGGCACUCUGGUUUUAGUGGAGUUGUUGUUUGACACCAAGAUUCUCAGUCAAAUUAAACAGCAUCGCCGUCUUUUCUUAAGGUUUUGCCAUGAGAAUCAUAAAGCACAAAAAUAUCUUAUGGGAGGAAUGGAGCAAUUGGUGGGGAAAGUGCAUGCUGGAUCAUUACUACCCAAAAUGCCACAUAUUCUGAAGGCCCUGUACGACUCGGAUAUUCUGGAGGAAGAAGUUAUCCUAGACUGGGAUAAGAAGGUUUCCAAGAAGUAUGUACAGGACAAGAAAGUGGUUCAGGAAAUUCAUGAGAAAGCUGCACCUUUCAUUAAAUGGCUGAAGGAAGCUGAGGAGGAGGAUAGUGAAAGUGAGGAGGAGGAUGAGAAUAUUGAGGUUGUGUAUUCAACCACAGGAAGGGUUGGACAGCAGGUAGAAACACCUGCUGCUCCGGUAGAUACUGGGCCAGAUAUUGAUAUUGAUGCCAUUUAAACUUUAUAGAGUUUUAUUUUAUUAUUCUUUGUAUACAUAUUACUGACUCUGGCUAUUCUUGUUUUACUUUUUUCUGAAGGAGGCCUUCUUAAAUUUACUGUGAUGGAACAUGAUGUGAACGACUUUUAAAGCUCAUAAGGAUGUGAUAUUUACUAGACACGGACUAUUACACAUGUGUCUGUGGAAGUCUGUAUAGGGCAAUUCACAAUUCAUCAUCUGUAGUACUGCUGUAAAGUCAUAACAUUGAUAUUGCAUGUGGUCAUGAUCAGUUGUAAAUAGAUCAAAAUCAUUACAUUUUGGAAUUGGUAAAGUACUGUCACAGUGUGUACUGGUGGUGUUGUAAACCGAUUUGUGCUAUUAUUACUUAGAAAUUAUACAGAUGAUAUAAAUUUUGUGCUAGCAAGUGCUUAUACGCUUCGGAUUGUAAAGAUCAACUUGUAACAUAAUGAUUCCAUCAAUUUUUUCUCUUUCUUAAAAGUUCUUUGAUCUUCUUUACAGAAAUUGUAAUUUUGGUUGCAUUGGUGUUAAUAAAAAGUACUGACAA